AUGAACGCCAUGUGCCCCGGUGCUGCCCAUGGACCCUUCUUUUCCUCGCCGCUGGGGAUCAUCAUCAUCGUGCUGAUUGUUGUGCUGCUUGUCCUGGUUCCUUUGGUCUCUGUCUAUUGCUUUUGCAAGUGGCGGGGCCAGGACCCAUGGCAGGCCAUGUCAGCAUUGCGCAGCAACAACAAGGUGGAAGCUACAGUCAUCAAGCCAAGUGGCAGUCCCGAGCAUGUCAAUUGGCUGGACAAGAAUCUCGACGAGGCUACAGCCUUCAGCGUUGCAGAUGUCGGCAAAUGGGCUGCUGCUGCGUUGAAAGCCGGAAGCAUCCCGGGCGAGGCCAACGACACCAGCCACGGCUUGGGCAGAGUCCUCAAAGUGCUUGCAGACAACGAGGUCUCCGGGGCGGCGCUCAUCCACCUGACACGCGAGAAGCUAUUGGCAUCACCCUACAACCUUCCAGCGGGGCCAGUAGAGGUCUUGUGCGCUCACAUCGACAAGCUCGAGGCCACCAACCUCAGCAAUGCUGCCGCAGCUGGCAGCACAGCCGACACUGUGGAGCCAGAUGUUUAA